GUAUUAUGUCUAAUUAUCAAAGGAUUCUUUCGUAAACUUCUGCAUUUCGCACGUCGUAUAUAGACGGCUUCGGCGACGCAUCAAAGGUAUGCGCAUCACGCGUGCAUGCGAUCGGACCAGAGGCUUUUCAUUGGUCAAUCGCGACGAGGUCCUUUCGCCUUCUCGCCAUUCAUUCGUCCGAAGUAAACAAAAGCAGCGAUGGCUAGAUGGCUUCGUGGCUAGGCCCUAUAAAGACCUCCCUGAUUAAGACGAUGGACAUUCGCGCUUUCGUUUUUGACCUCGUACAUCGUUAAGACUACAUUAGAAUAACUUAUUUGAUACCGGAAACCGUUAGUGUUAUUGCACUGUCAAAGCUAUUGGACAUAACUUAUUUGAUACCGGAAACUGUUGAGUGUUAUUGCACUGUCAAAGCUAUUGGACAUAACUUAUUUGAUACCGGAAACUGUUAGUGUUAUUGCACUGUCAAAGCUAUUGGACAGCCUUGGACUGUUCGACAAUGCCCAGACCAGCGAAACGUGUUGCCCACGCCAGGGAUCCAGACUGCGGCGUGUGGCUGUUGGCCACAAUCCUUACAGAGGAUGAUGAUGCUGUCAAAGUGAGUUGGAAAAACCAUGGUGGGACAGCAUUUGUUGCCCCUGAUGAGGUGAGGGAAGCUUGCAUCAAACGUCCAGUGAAGCUGUUGCCAAAGUGGUGGCCAUCGUCGCAACCUUUUCAUCUGCAGAGAGGGGAUCAAGUUCAGCUCGUGACGGGAUAUGGAGUAAGAGGAGACGUGCUGCAUGUCGAAACUAACGAUCCGUUUAAUUGUGAGCUCAUCACAGCAGAGCACCCUGAUCGGAUGCUUCGUUAUGAACAUCUGGCAGAGAAGAUAGACGAGCCGGAGAGAGGACAGGAGGAGGAUGGAGACAUGCACGAGGAUAGCGAUGCUGACAUGAUGGAGGAGGAUGACAUGGUCGAGGAUGGCAUGGUCGAGGAGGAUGACAUGGUCGAGGAGGAUGGUGACGAGGAUGCUCAGCCACCAGCUGCACCACCACAAGCUCCACCACAAGCUCCACCACAAGCUCCACCACAAGCUCCACCACAAGCUCCACCACAAGCUCCACGUCAAGCCCCUAGACGAGCUCAGCGGCAACAGGGAGUCCGAACACAUGUCCAAAAGAAGCUUGCUACCGUUCUGGACGAGGUAAACCCGCCAGAUAUACUGGAAAUUCCUGCUGGGAUGCUGGCCCCUCUCGAGGAGGAUGUGAUGGUGGUUGCCGCCAACAGCCUACGAGAGCAGGUCCGGAAUUUGGAGAAGGCUCCAACCUUCCAGCUCCCGGCAGCCGUGGGAGAGGGAUUUGUCCUUCAACAGAACAUCCGAAUCAUGGAGCGAAAUGCAGAGCUGGAGUCCGACAACAAGAACCUAACUGAACGCGUCGAGCUUCUGGAGAUGAGGAUGGCCACCAUGGAAAGAAGGAUGGCAGAGAUCACUUCUUUGGAGAGGCUGCCGCCUACUACACCUCUAAGCUCCAUCAACACAAGCUCCAGCACCAGCACCACCUCAAGCCCCAGCACCAGCACCCCACAUCGUCUAGUCACCCGGCCCCCUCUCCGCCCAAUAGCGAUGAACGAACAAGGACGUGGGAUUACAGAGGAUCUGUUGGCGCAGUGCCGAUUGAACGCCGACGACAUCAAGAUUGUAGCAAGGAAGCUUGCCAGUGCAAUCUUUUCUGAGGAAGAGAGGUUGAAGGGGUGCCUGUCCGGUAAAAGAGGACAGGCACUAGACCCUGCCAAAGUGCACAUUCUGAAGGAGAAUGUUUUCAGCGUGUGUCCUGUCCCUAGAUCCCAUCGAGAUAAGGCAUGGAAAGCUGUAGUUACUGCGGUUGACAACCAGACUAGAUACAUGAGACUUAAAAAGGGACGAACCCUGUGAUUUAAAUGUAUCUUGUCUGGUUGCCAACAACAACUACUACUGCUUUCCAUGCUUUCUCUCGGUGGGAUCUGGUGUCAGGACACACGCUGAAAACAUUCUCCUUCAGAAUGUGCACUUUGUGCACUGGUGUCGUUCUGAUACUUCUCUGUUUCUUUUUAUUUGGACGCACUGGUCAACUCCUUGCUACAAUCUUGAUGUCGUCGGCGUUUAAUCGGCACUGCGCCAACAGGUCCUCUGUAAUCACACGUCCUUGUUCAUUCAUACAUAUUUUAAAUGUAAUACAUCUGUAAUACAUCUGCAUUAUUGAUUGAUUCAUUAUAUUCAUUGUAUAUUCAGCUAUGUUCGGCGUUUCAAGCGGGAACAAAUGCCGUCCAUAAUAUCACUCCGGGGGUUCUCAAUUUGAAAGUCUGGUUUCUUUGAUUGUUAAUUAACCUUAUGUGUAUUUACAAACGAUUUUUGUUGAUUGAUUUCAUUGAU